CCAGGCUCUGGAAGUUGUCGACUGGUAAGUUGUCUCCAGCACUAUCGAGCUGUGCUCAUCAAUGCCAGAUCCAUGAAGUGAUGCUCUCUGUGUGUGCUCUGUCUCUGCUUUUCUGCUGUUUUUGCUCUGUUUUCGCUCUGUUUUCGCUCUGUUUCUGCCAAAACUCGCUUUUGUUGUUGAACAUCGCUUCCCAGCAUCAACCAUCUCAAGUCCUUCGCUCUCUCUGCUCCUUUGCUCAAUUCGUCGCUAUAUGUUUUGUCUUUGCUAGCUGCUUUCUCUUGUUGCUUGUCUUUUAUUGGUGGCCCAUCGUUUUUCCACGUCUUUUUGUCUCAAGUCUUAUUCCCUCUGUUUAGCUGCUUUGAGUUUCUCUUUGGGUUUUACUGGCAUAUACUCGUUUUGAGUUUUCAAUUACUACUACUAGUGGUACUAUCUGAUCUUCAUUUAUUGCUGUUUUGUUCUACUCAUUUUCAGCUGAAUAAUAGCAUUUACUUUACAUUAAAGCUAU